UUGUGAGAAUUUGAAUUUGUAAGUUGCCGCCUAAAAUUGGGGAAAGUCGAAGAUCUAAUUUUCAGAUUUCGAAGAAACGAUCGGCAGGGGAUUCUUCCUCCAUGGCAUCUCCGUCGCCGUCGCUGGUCUCCUCCUACACCUUCGAUGACAGAGACCUCGACGACGCUGAUUUGUGGGCGGUGAUCGACUCCGCCGCCGCGUCCCACUCACUCACCGUCUCUGUCUCCGCCGCCGCAGGAAAACCUCCGAAAUCCCUCGCCGUUGGAUAUCCCAACUACAAUUCGCCUCCGACUCCGGUCUCUCAUCCUUCUCCUCCGUCUAAGCUCCUUUCUAAUCCUAACCCUAGCUCUGGUCGCCGCCUCCACCACGUCGAGGAAUCGCCGCGUCCGAACAAGAUGGCCAGAUCCUGCGCCGUGUCUGAGAUAAAGAGCGAGAGUCAUUUGGCUCUGGUUAAGUCAACACACAGGGCUUCGACUCCGAAGUUUCAGGCAACUGCGUUUUCUUCACCGGAGAGUUACUUGUCGCCGGAGGUUGGUAGGUUAUCGACAUGUACGAACGUUUCUCCGCCGUCAGGCUCCGUGCAUAACGACGCAGUGAAUGAGAUGCGGCAUAGUUUGUCCGGUAGAUUUCCUUCGGUUGCUUUGUUCAAGGAGUUUCAGAAUACAGCCACGGCGAUUUUAGAGAAAUCUGACUACACUGCAAUCUCCGGGAACAUGUACAUUAAAAAGUCAGGUUGGAGGAAAAUAUCUUUUUACUUCAAUGUGUCAUAUGAGAUAAGAGACAAGACCAUUGAGUUCGAUGACAACAAAAAUGUCCAGCGUGCUGAAUUCAUCGUUCGAGCCCACAUGCAGUAUUUUCUUUCCUUCAAGCCUAUCGGAGGAAGGUUCGCUGAUGGAUGGGGCUCAUGUGAGCGACGUGAGAAGAGAUUUAUGAAACCAAAUCAUGAUAUCCCCAGCACAGCAGAGACACGAGCCAAGAACAGGGCUUGCCAGGACCUUCUGGGAAUAGGAGAAUAUCGACCAGGCUCGAGCCAGUUCCCUCGGUGACCUGACACUUCAAUGUGUCUAACAUUUGUUUCCCGACUUAUCAGUACCAAGCAAAAAACUACUCUUAACCAUACCCAAACCUGAAGAUGGUUCCAAAAACUUUGGAGGAAAUAAUACCCAAAAAAAGGGAAAGGUAUGUACCCUUCCUCUAAUCACAUUUCCCAAAUGCAUCAGGCGGGUUUUCAUAUCGUGGUUCGUUAAAUUGGGACUGCACACUGUAGAAGUGUCAGAGAAAAUGUAGUGUGAUUUCACGAACCCCUGCCUAGUCAACUUCUAUACGUCAUCUUAAGGAAGGAUGAAUACAUCUGGAUGUUGUUUUAAUGGAAUUUGAUUAUCGCCGUGGGAUCCUGUUAUGUUGCAAGCCAUAUCUAUUCUGUUUCAGUAUUAGAGUAUAUGACCGUUUUAGGUCGGUUUCAAGUAUUUGUAACCUCUUUGCUCUAAACCAAAUUAUGGUAUAAAGAUAUAUUAUAUUAUAAUAUUUUCAUA